CGGGGCCGGCUGGUGCGCGAGGCGCCGCGGAGAGUUCGAGAUCGGCCGCCCGCACGAGCUCGGAGUAGGCCCGGAUCCGAUUCCGGGAGUGGGAGCCUCGGCCUCGGCCAGGGUACAAUGGCAGUAACAGUCAGAAGACAGAGGCCAAGGAGGCUAGCCUGUUGGGCCUUGAUGGCUAUCCUCUUGGCAGAUCUCUUGGCACUGAGCGACACAUUGGCUGUGAUGUCUGUGGACCUGGGCAGUGAAUCCAUGAAAGUGGCUAUCGUCAAACCUGGAGUGCCCAUGGAGAUCGUCUUGAACAAGGAAUCUCGGAGGAAAACCCCAGUCAUGGUGACCCUGAAAGAAAACGAAAGGUUCUUUGGAGAUAGUGCAGCAGGCAUGGCCAUCAAGAACCCAAAGGCUACGCUACGUUACUUCCAGCAUCUCCUAGGGAAGCAGGCUGAUAACCCUCAUGUAGCCCUGUAUCGAACUCGCUUCCCCGAGCACGAACUAAACAUUGACCCACAGAGGCAGACUGUGCGCUUCCAGAUCAGCCAGCAGCUGCAGUUCUCACCCGAGGAGGUGCUGGGCAUGGUUCUCAACUAUUCUCGUUCCCUGGCUGAAGACUUUGCAGAGCAGCCUAUCAAGGAUGCAGUGAUCACUGUGCCAGCCUUCUUCAACCAGGCUGAGCGUAGGGCUGUGCUGCAGGCUGCCCGAAUGGCUGGCCUCAAAGUGCUGCAGCUCAUCAAUGACAACACUGCCACUGCCCUCAGCUAUGGUGUCUUCCGCCGGAAAGACAUCAACACCACUGCACAGAACAUCAUGUUCUAUGAUAUGGGCUCAGGCAGCACCGUGUGUACCAUCGUGACCUAUCAAACAGUGAAGACUAAGGAUGCUGGAAUGCAACCACAGCUGCAGAUCCGGGGAGUGGGAUUUGAUCGUACACUUGGAGGCCUGGAGAUGGAGCUUCGAUUGCGGGAGCACCUGGCUGGGCUUUUCAAUGAACAGCGCAAGGGUCAGAGAGCUAAGGAUGUGCGGGAGAACCCUCGAGCCAUGGCCAAGCUGCUGCGGGAAGCCAAUAGGCUCAAAACGGUCCUGAGUGCCAACGCCGACCAUAUGGCCCAGAUCGAGGGCCUGAUGGAUGAUGUGGACUUCAAGGCAAAAGUGACUCGAGUGGAGUUUGAGGAGCUGUGUGCAGACUUGUUUGAGCGGGUGCCUGGGCCUGUCCAGCAUGCCCUCCAGAGUGCUGAGAUGAGCUUGGAUGAGAUCGAGCAAGUGAUCCUGGUGGGUGGGGCUACUCGGGUCCCCAAGGUUCAAGAGGUGCUGCUGAAGGCUGUGAGGAAGGAGGAGCUGGGGAAGAGCAUCAAUGCUGAUGAAGCAGCCGCCAUGGGGGCUGUGUACCAAGCCGCUGCACUCAGCAAAGCCUUCAAGGUGAAGCCGUUUGUGGUCCGCGACGCCGUGGUCUACCCCAUCCUGGUGGAGUUCACAAGGGAGGUGGAGGAGGAGCCUGGGGUUCACAGCCUGAAGCACAACAAACGCGUGCUCUUUUCCCGCAUGGGGCCCUACCCUCAACGCAAAGUCAUCACCUUUAACCGCUACAGCCAUGAUUUCAACUUCCACAUCAACUAUGGUGACCUGGGCUUCCUGGGGCCUGAGGAUCUUCGGGUAUUUGGUUCCCAGAAUCUGACCACGGUGAAGCUAAAGGGCGUGGGUGAAAGCUUCAAGAAAUAUCCUGACUACGAGUCCAAGGGCAUCAAGGCCCACUUCAACCUGGAUGAGAGUGGCGUGCUCAGUCUAGACAGGGUUGAGUCUGUCUUUGAGACCCUAGUGGAGGACAGUCCAGAAGAGGAAUCUACUCUAACCAAACUCGGCAACACCAUUUCCAGCCUGUUUGGAGGUAGUACCACGCCAGACUCAAAGGAGAAUGGUACUGAUGCUGUCCAGGAAGAAGAGGAGACCCCUGCUGAGGGGAGCAAGGACGAGCCUGGGGAGCAGGCAGAGCUCAAGGAAGAAGCUGAAGUCCCAGCAGAGGAUACCUCUCAGCCCCCACCUACGGAGCCCAAGGGAGAUGCAACUCCUGAGGGAGAGAAGCCCACUGAAAAGGAAACCGGGCACAAAGAUGAGGCCCAGAAGCCCAACGAGAAGGGCGAGGCAGGGCCUGAGGGUGCUCCUACGGCCCCUGAGGAAGAAAAGAAGCAGAAGCCUGCCCGGAAGCAGAAAAUGGUAGAGGAGAUCGGUGUAGAGCUGGUGGUUUUGGACCUGCCUGACUUGCCAGAGGAGGAGCUGGCUCGUUCUGUGCAGAAACUUGAAGAUUUGACCUUCCGAGACCUAGAGAAGCAGGAACGAGAGAAAGCUGCUAACAGUUUGGAAGCUUUCAUCUUUGAAACCCAGGACAAGCUGUACCAGCCUGAGUACCAGGAAGUGUCCACUGAGGAACAGCGUGAGGAGAUCUCUCAGAAACUCAGUACCGUGUCCGCCUGGUUGGAGGACGAGGGCUUUGAGGCCACCACUGUGAUGCUGAAGGAGAAGUUGACUGAGCUGAAGAAGCUAUGCCAGGGUCUGUUCUUUCGGGUGGAAGAGCGCAAGAAAUGGCCCGAACGGCUGUCUGCCCUGGACAAUCUCCUCAACCAUUCCAGCAUGUUCCUCAAGGGCGCCCGGCUCAUUCCAGAGAUGGACCAGAUCUUUACUGAGGUGGAGAUGACGACACUGGAGAAAGUCAUCAAUGAGACCUGGGCCUGGAAGAACACAACUACUGCUGAGCAAGCCAAGCUUCCUGCCACUGAGAAGCCUGUGUUGCUCUCAAAAGACAUCGAGGCCAAGAUGAUGGCCCUAGAUCGUGAGGUACAGUAUCUGCUCAAUAAAGCCAAGUUUGCCAAACCCCGGCCACGGCCCAAGGACAAGAAUGGCACCCGGACAGAACCUCCCGUCAAUGCCAGUGCCAGUGACCAGGACGAGAAGGUCAUCCCGCCAGCAGGCCAGACUGAAGAAGCAAAGCCCAUUUCAGAACCUAAGAAAGUAGAGACUCGCUCUGAGCCAACAGACACUGAGCCUCUGGAGUUAGGAGGCCCUGGAGCAGAAUCUGAACAGAAGGAACAGCCUUCAGGACAGAAGAGGCCUUUGAAGAAUGAUGAACUAUAACCCUCAUCUCCUCCUCCCCAAUCCCCACUCAUCCCCCACUUGUCUCCAGCCCCUUCUACCACCUCUAUUUAUUACACAUUGGGGUGUGGGCAGGGGGUGGUCCUGCCCACAGGGCUAAAGUAACUUCUCUCUCACCUGGGGCAGGAGGGAGGCUGCUCACCAUCUUCUGGAAUAGCUCUGUGUUAAACCUGAACUGUUGGUUUCCAGACCUCCACCUCUUGGUCCCUACCUAUCUGGCCCUGCAUUUGGGGAAAAAAAUCACUAUUAUGUCUUAAUUCUUUGCCUCUGGGUCAGUGAGAGGAUGGCUGCCAGAGGUGGAGGGGACCUAGUAGUGGACAGGACGUCAAGGGACACAGGAGAGUGUUCAGUCUUCUCUGGGCAUCCUUCGCUUCUUUCCUCUUCCACCAUGAAAUCAAUGUCCCAUUUUGGCCAGUGUCUACAAAGCCUUGGUCACCACCUUUGGUUUCUGAGUGCCUGUCUAUGCUUUUUCCCUCCAGGAUCUUCUGUUUCCUAACCCUUCACCCAGUUCUUACCUGGCUCUUUCCACUGGGUCCCUUGGCUUCCUAGUACAGGAGGGCAGUUUUCUGUCUCUUACCUGACAUCUCCCACCCAGACUGGCUUGUAUUCCCACUGCCUGUUGCGACCCCUAGUGGCCAGAAUAUAUGGGGAGCAGUCACUGCCCUCCAGGGAGUUGAGACAUAUCAAAGCCCUGCAGCCCUCCCCUGUGAUUGUUGGGCCCUGGAAAACAUGUAGAGUGUUUAGUGAGGAUGCCAGUAGCCUGCAGGCACUCAAAAUCCUUAUCUGCCCAGUACCCCAGGUUUCUGUAACUACCUUUUUCCCUUCUUCCUUUUGCCCCUCCCAAAUAGAGCCUUUCCCUUACCCCUUACCCACUGGGCUGACCAAAAUGUGCUUUCUACUGUGAGCCCCUGUCCCAAGACGGGGAUGGAGAGACAAUGUGUGAAUGUAAAACUGUCACCUCAUUCGGAGGCAGGCUGUGGGUAAAGGGUGAGGGUCAGGUUUGGCCUGCCUUGUGUGUUACUCUGCUGGGGCGGUCAGGGGAGCUCUUUACCCACAAUGCCAAUGCCUAGGGAACCUGUCCUCCAGUAUUCCGUCUGUGGCAGAGCUAGGGCUGCCACCCUCUCUGGGACAAAAGCUAACCCAGUUGUGUCAUUCUGCCUUCUUUCCACUCCUCCUCCUCCCCCCUUUUUUUUUCUUUUGCCACAUUGGCAGAGAGGGACCUUCAGGUCCCACCACCUCACUUUCUGUAAGUUUUGAGUCCCUUCAUUAGAGCGUGAGGCUGGUUGGACAGGUUUGAAUCAAAUUGUACUUUGCUCCAUUGUUAAUUGAGAAACUUUCAAUAAAAUAUUCUUUUCUACAGUU